AUGUUGUCCAACAUUGCCACCAAGUAUAAGCUCAAUUCCCCAGAGGAUUGGGACGAUUGGCAAAACGAACUUCUCAAUCGGGCCAGAGCCAAUGAUCUUCUUCCCAUUCUCCAGGGAACUGAGAGACCAAUCAAGAAACCUGUUCGACCAAAGAUACAGGACUAUCUACCUGAAUCCCAGAACACUACACAAAACCGUGUAGGUGCAGCUCAAGGAACGCGUCAGAACUCUGCUCAAUCAACCCAAACCACCGCAACUGAAGAUAUAACUGAUGAUCGCACUGAACAGAGGGCAAGAAAUGACUUCAACCUACUGAGUGGGAGGUUUAGCGUAGAGACAUCGACAAAAUCUUUGAAUGGAUGA